AUGCGCGAAGAAACUGAUCCCUCUUCCCCUAUGGUAGCUCCCAACUCCACCCUCCCUGGAAAAUUUUCAGGAUAACACUUCUUUGCACAGAGUGCAGGUCGGGCGUCAACAGUCCUCAGAGGUAAGCGUGGUGAGUGGCGUCCCACAGGGCUCAGUCCUAGGUCCCACGUUAUUCCUCGUUUUCAUAAAUGACUGCAUCAAGGACUUAGACUGUGAUACCAUCCUGUUUGCCGAUGACAUUAAAUUGUGGAAAGUUAUUCACAAUGCGGCAGACGCAGACCACCUGCAAGCAAACCUGAACAUGCUCGAAGACUGGUCGAAGCGCUGGCUUAUGCCCUUCAAUAUAAGCAAGUGCAACUUUCCUCAACUAGGCAGCUUCAGAGCCUCCAGCCCCAGGACUUACUUCCUAGAGGGCACACCCCUGCAACAGGUUGACAGUCAGAAGGACUUGGGUGUAUGGAUUAUAUCUUCACUCGAACCAACACUGCACUGCGCGAAGGCGGCUAAAUCGGCUAUGGCUACACUGCAACUCAUUAAGCGAGCAUUUAUGGAAUUUGAUCCAGACAGCUUUUCAAAAAUAUUUGGCACCUACGUGAGGCCUCAUCUAGAAUACGCCAUACAGGCCUGGAGACCUUGGACUGCCAAGGACUAUACCGUUUUGGAGAAGGUCCAGAGACGGGCGACCAAAAUGACACAAGGUCUGGGAGCGCUGUCUUACGAAUCUCGACUGUCAACUCUCAACCUGUUUCCACUUUCCAACAGGCAAUUACGUGGUGACCUUAUACUUGCAUUUCGCAUUAUCAACGGCCUAGACUGUUGUUUAGAUCCCAUUGAUUAUUUCACACAAGCUAACACGCCCAAUUUGCGCGGUCAUCCCCUAAAACUACGCGCCGGGAAAGCAAGGAUCAAUGGAAGAAAGUUCUUUUUCAGUCACAGAGUGGUUGCAGCGUGGAAUGCCCUGCCCACCGAUGUUGCAACCUCCUCCUGUGUGAAGUCCUUUAAGUUUAGACUUUACGCGCAUCAAGCCUCCUAG